AUGAGUUUUGAAAUCCUGAGCCUCUUAUUUUUACUGCCGAAUAGUUCCUCUGGCUAUCCCAAACAAAAAUGCUGUUGCUCUGCAGAAGUUCUUGAGAGUAAACCAAACCCCAUAAAUAAUAUUUUCUCUCGAAUCGAAUGCCACUUUAUUUAUCCUUUAAAUUGGAGCACAAAAAUUUGGUUCCAAUUUAAAGAAACAAUAAUUAUUAAAAAAAAAUGAUAUGAAAUUAUUAGCAAAAAGUCUUUCGAUUUUUGUGAAGCUAUUUGCAUAGGAAGUUAUUAUCAAUCAAUCUCAGUAUUGAGCUUAUGUCAAAUGCUUUAA